AUGCGAGACUUGGACCCCUCUAGUUUUGGCUAUACGUUUUGUUACUGGCUAGCUCACGGUUGUACAGAUCCCGUGCAUGAUGAAUUCAGUGUGAUAGUGGACUUCAGUGUGUCAUUUCAAGAAAUUCGAGAAAUUCAUCAAAAAUUUGUAGUAACCGAUUUCCGCCGCCUUAAGUUUUCGCGGUGGCGGUUGUUGCUGACGGACGUGUGUGGUAGCAAGUUGCCUAAUGUGCAGCUGAGGACGUUGACUCAGCGAAUUGACGAAACGUGUGGACUUUUCACAAAACUCGUUACCAUGGCAAGCUCAGACCUUCAACAGGCCAUGACCACUACCGAGGCCAUGACCACCACGGAGCCCAUGAGGGCGACCACACAUGUCGGGAGACAAGCCACGGUGCAGGAGACGGCGCCCCCGCCCGCUCAGUACAUGCAACAUAAGGUGGAACAGACACUAAGCCAGCCACAUGACCCGGGCGGGCCGCAACAAGAUAGCAGACAAUACGAUAGCAGACAAUACGAUAGCAGACAAUACGAUAGAGGUAGGGAACAUCCCCGCAGUGACCAUCCUCGCAGUGACAGAAAACGUUCAGACGAACGUGGGGAACGACACCAGGGAACAGCAGACCAGGGAACCGCCCAGCAGGAAACAGUCCAGCAAGGGGCGUGUCGCCCGAGAGUCACGGGAACACACGCGAGCAAGACCAGCGCCGUGCGGAAGGACAAACUUCCGCGCAGUAGCACGGACAACCCGCCCCUGAUUAAGCGGAUCCGCGGCGCCGGAAGGAGACGGGUGGACAAGAGCGGUGUCUCGGUCGUCACUGCGGCCGCAAAGGCCGCUGGACCCAAAGGCGCGCCGUCCGCUGUCCUUCCGCGAUCAGAAGGCACGCGGGGUCGAGGCAAUGGCGUGGAAGCGCGUCUGGUUGCCAAGGAUGUGGAACACCGGUUGGUGGGAGACGGUCUGGGAGGAGACCAUUCGGUUGCGAGUGAACCUCGCUUGGGAAUAAGGGGUUUGCCAGAGGUGAAGGUGCGGCACGACCUCACGGCUGAGCGGGGCCGGGUCAUUCGGGCUGGACUGGCUUCGAUUCGUGCCGAGCUGUCGGUCCCGAGUAUUCAACCGGAGCCAGACGGAGAGAAGACCCAGACGGACGAGUCAUUGCUCAAGACGCCGCCCAAAAAUCAGCCACAGUCACAAAUGGACUUGUCAACGGUUACAGGCGUAGCUACUGGGGACGCAGACCGUCCCAUAACAAGUUCCCGGGAACUGCCCGACUCCGAGGACUGGCAGAUACAUGCCGACAACGACCUGCUUCUGCAGUACCAAAAGACCAAAGUCCCGCUAGUCAGCAGAGGUUGUCGCCACGCAGAAGGCGAAACACUCCACGAUCUCGUAGACAUCGAAUGCUGCCCGAACAUGGUGUCUUGGGAAUCAUACUACUCGGCAAAACAGAACCCGAUUUAG